AUGAAUCACGGUACACUCGACAUUCGUGGAGAGAAGGUUCCUUCGCGAAACGUAGGUGGUGUUGGUUUUGUUGUGCACCCAUCUGUCGUCCAUCUCGUCGAUUCUCACGAGACCCUGUCACCUCGUCUGGCCAUUCUUCGCCUCCACCCUCUGCGCCAAAAAUCCAUCAGUGUCAUCAACCGCUACUCGCCAACAUCAGCAGCUGAUGAAUCCGAAUUGGACGCGUUUUACGAGGAGCUGGAGGAGAUAGUCCGCAACGAGAUGUCCUUCUACAAAUUCGUUGUCGGAGACUUCAACGCAAAACUAGGAAAGGCCACGGAAGAGGAAUGCAGGAUUGGAAGAUUUGGACAAGGGGACCGGAAUGAAAAUGGCAAUCGUCUCGCCGGGCUGUUGUCCGCCGCUCGCCUCUUUCAUGGGAACUCUCUUUUCAUGAAAAAAGAUCAUCGUCGGUGGACAUGGGAAUCGCCCAAUGGCGCGACUCGCGCGGAGAUCGACCACAUACUUACCAACCGGAGGUGGUGUCUACUUGACGUCUCAGUAGUACCAUCCUUUUGUAGUGGUUCUGAUCACCGUCUCCUUCGUGCGAAAAUACGACUUAGCCACACGGUGGAAAAGAACAUCUGCUAUCGGCAACGAAGGAGAAAAGAAGUCGUCUACGACGAUUGCGUACUCGAGGACUCCUUGUCCCAAGGUGACUGGCACAUCGAGGAGGACCCAAACGUGGACUACGAGAUGCUGCUCAGAGGAUUACGAACCUGUGCUGAAAGUGCCUCGAAGGCGCGCACGACAAACUUGGAUCGAACUUCGAAGACCACCAAGGAAUUGUUGGAAAGAAGAAGGGUUUUGAGGCUUGAUCCGAAUGCAACGCACAUUGAGCGGUUAGUAGCAGACACUAGCUGCAGAAAAGCGUUGCAAGAGGAUCUUUUGAAGAACAGGCAGAAGAAGAUUCUGGAAGCAGCACAAAGAAGAACGAGUCUAAAGAAGUGCCGCAGGGAUCUCCGCGAAUAUAAUAUUCCGCUAGCAACCUUGCUGAGCGAAGACGGGACUCGCAUGUCUUCUCGUCGUGAGAUAAAAAUCAUAACAGAGAGGUUUUACUCGAACCUUUUCCGUUCAUCAACUCCUGUGUCAAGCCCGAUCAUCCCCACGAAUAAACAGAAAGAAGACACGGUUCAUGAAGUACGCUCACUGCGAGCCGUUCGCCGAAGCCAUUCAUGGCUGCAUUGCUGUGGAUAA